AUGAGCUGUCUUUCUAAUAAGAGUUUCUUCUGUAUUGGAAAGGAAGCGUUCUCUCUCUCUCUCUCUCUACUUAUGAGUUAUGAGACGAGCCUAUAAAACCCCUUCACAUCUCCCACUUGUUUUGCAUCACAAACAUUUCUUCCAUUACAUUAUAACAAAAACACAAAAAUUUCAUUUUUGUUUUUCUUAUAAUUUUAGAGUCACAAGUUCUUCGUUGUUCAGCUACUCCCACUGUCAAAAACACGAAGUGGGUUUUUCUGAUCAAAGAACAAAAAACUUGAGGUUAUUAAGAAAAAAAUGGAUUUCUCCGCCUUGUUUCUCACUCUCCUCGCCGGAAGUCUCUUCCUUUACUUUCUCCGGUGUCUAAUCUCUCAGCGCCGCCUUGGAUCUUCCAAACUCCCACUCCCUCCGGGAACAAUGGGUUGGCCUUACGUCGGAGAAACUUUCCAGCUUUAUUCUCAAGACCCAAAUGUCUUUUUCCAAACAAAACAAAGAAGGUAUGGAUCGGUGUUUAAGACCCAUGUAUUGGGAUGUCCAUGUGUGAUGAUCUCGAGUCCAGAAGCUGCCAAGUUCGUGCUGGUGACGAAAUCUCAUCUCUUUAAACCGACUUUUCCGGCGAGUAAAGAGAGGAUGUUGGGGAAACAAGCCAUCUUCUUCCACCAAGGUGAUUACCACGCUAAACUCAGGAAGCUUGUUCUUCGUGCUUUCAUGCCUGAAUCUAUCAGAAACAUGGUUCCCGAUAUCGAAUCAAUCGCUCAAGAUUCUCUCCGAAUUUGGGAAGGAACAAUGAUCAACACUUACCAAGAAAUGAAAACAUACACCUUCAACGUUGCGUUGCUAUCGAUCUUCGGUAAAGACGAGGUUUUAUACAGAGAAGAUCUAAAACGAUGCUACUACAUUCUCGAGAAAGGUUACAAUUCGAUGCCGGUGAAUCUCCCUGGAACACUCUUCCACAAAUCAAUGAAAGCUCGCAAGGAGCUCUCACAGAUCCUCGCUAGAAUCUUAUCAGAGAGAAGACAGAACGGUUCUCCACACAACGAUCUUCUCGGAUCAUUCAUGGGAGACAAAGAAGAGUUAACCGACGAACAGAUCGCCGACAACAUAAUCGGAGUGAUCUUCGCCGCUAGAGACACGACGGCGAGUGUGAUGUCGUGGAUCCUCAAGUACUUAGCCGAGAAUCCCAACGUUCUAGAAGCCGUUACUGAAGAACAAAUGGCAAUAAGGACAGACAAAGAAGAAGGAGAGGCUCUAACUUGGGGAGAUACAAAGAAGAUGCCAUUAACUUCAAGAGUUAUUCAAGAAACAUUAAGAGUCGCUUCAAUCCUAUCUUUCACAUUCAGAGAAGCUGUCGAAGAUGUCGAAUACGAAGGUUAUUUGAUACCUAAAGGAUGGAAAGUGUUACCGCUUUUCAGAAACAUUCAUCAUAGUGCUGAUAUUUUUUCAAAUCCGGGGAAAUUUGAUCCAUCAAGAUUCGAGGUGGCUCCAAAACCCAAUACUUUCAUGCCAUUUGGUAAUGGAACCCACUCGUGUCCUGGAAAUGAAUUAGCAAAGCUUGAGAUGUCUAUUAUGAUUCAUCAUCUCACCACCAAGUACAGUUGGUCAAUUGUUGGAGAGAGCGACGGGAUUCAGUAUGGGCCAUUCGCGCUUCCCCAAAACGGACUGCCCAUUGUGUUGGCCCGGAAGUCGGAGAUUGAAGUGUAGAAUGACAGAAUUACCCUUUAGCUUUCCAUAUUUGGAAAGAAGAGACUAGAGAAGAAUAACUAAUUAUUUCUUAGAGAUGGAGAAAAAAAAAUUGUUCAAGAUUUUGGUAGGAAAAAAUUCCCCAAAUGGGAUUAAGAGGAGAAAGCACCAAGUGUAAAAAAAACUUCAAUUUUUUUCUUAAUUUUAAUUUAGUUUUUUGGAGUUUCUACUUUUAGUUUAAGAUUGGAAAAAUUAGUAAUUGAAUUUUUAAAAACAGGGGAAAAAUGUUAUAUAUAUAAGUCUCUCAUGUAUUAUUUUGUUUUUCCCGAAAAUAUCUUAUGGAUAUGUUAACUGAUUGAGACUUCCCUUGUUUUUUGAAUAUAGUUUUCUUGUUAUAAAAAA